AUGGCUCGCACGAACUUCUUUCGUGCUUCGGCGCUUUUUUCUUGCGUAGCGUUGACACAUGCGCAGGCUGUUACGCCCGCAGCUUCUUCAGAUGGCGGGUGGAGCACAACACUCAACGGCACGCCGACGUCGUUUCGACCUGUAUUUACGAUUCCCGCGUCGGCGGAUCAGGGCGCGAACGUCCUCCCCAACAUCCAGGACCCGCAAGCAGUCAAUGCGCAGAACGUCUGCCCUGGAUACACAGCAUCAGCCCUUGAGCAGGACGAUCAAGGAUUGAGCGCGGUCCUCACGCUCGCUGGAAAGCCUUGCAACGUCUACGGUACCGACAUCGAUGUGUUGAGCCUCAAGGUUGAGUACCAGAGCAAUAGUAGGCUGGCUGUGAACAUCAGGCCAGCACAUCUGGAUGCUUCGAACAGCUCACAAUGGAUCGUGCCAGAAGACCUGAUCCCGCGACCCAAGAGUGAAAGUUCUUUCGCGGACAUCGAUCUGAAGUUCGAUUGGGGCAAUGAGCCCUCCUUCUGGUUCACCGUCACCAGAAAGUCCAGUGGCGAUGCGAUCUUCACCACCAAGGGUACACAUCUCGUUUACGAAAACCAGUUCAUCGAGUUCGUCAACAGCCUGCCCGAAGACUACAACCUAUACGGUCUCGGCGAGCGCAUUCACGGACUGCGCCUCAACAACAACUUCACGGCUACAAUCUACGCUGCGGACGUAGGCGACCCGAUCGAUCGUAACCUUUACGGCAGCCAUCCCUUCUACCUCGAGACGCGUUACUUUGAAGCCGGCAAGGCAGACAAUAAGAACAAGAGGGCGUUGAUGUCGUCGGAGAUACAACAGACUAGCUUCAACACAGGCGAUGAGGCAAAGGGGUCACCCUACGAGUCUGCCUCCCAUGGCGUGUACUACCGCAACACACACGGCAUGGAAGUUGUACUCAAUCCUACAAAGUUGACCUGGAGGUCUUUGGGUGGCGAGAUUGACUUAUUCUUCUUUGAUGGGCCGACACAGCCAGAGGUCACCAAGCAAUAUCAGACAUCUGCGAUCGGCCUGCCGGCCAUGCAGUCAUACUGGACAUUCGGGUUCCAUCAGUGUCGAUGGGGAUACCACAACUGGAGCGAGACAAGGGAAGUUGUCGAAACGAUGAAGAAGUUCAAUAUUCCCCUGGAGACCAUCUGGCUUGACAUUGACUACAUGGACCAGUACCGGGACUUCACCCUUGACCCUGUCACUUUCCCGCCAUCAGACGUCAAAGAGUUUUUUGGCUGGCUUCACGGUAACAACCAACACUUCGUGCCUAUUGUUGACGGUGCAAUCUACAUCCCCAACCCCCAGAACGCUAGCGAUGCGUACGACACAUAUGCCCGAGGCAACGAGUCAGGUGUUUUCCUGAACAACCCUGAUGGCAGUCAAUACAUUGGUGCUGUUUGGCCUGGUUACACCGUCUUCCCUGACUGGAUGGCAUCCAAGGCUCAGGCGUGGUGGAUCAAGGAGAUGGUUGAAUGGUACAAGGAGGUGCCGUUUAGCGGUUUCUGGCUCGACAUGCAAGAGGUCUCUUCCUUCUGUGUUGGCUCAUGCGGCACUGGCAAUGUGACGCUCAACCCUGUUCACCCGCCAUUCUCGCUUCCGGGCGAGGUCGGAAACAUGGUUUUCGACUACCCUGAGUUUUUUAACAUCACCAAUGCGACUGAAGCUACUGUUGCUUCUGUUGCGUCAGCCAUCCAUGCCGUUAGCCCGAAUGCUACACAUGCAAAUGGUGUGCAAGAAUACGAUAUACACAACAUCUGGGGCCAUCAGAUCAUCAACGCUACCUACCAGGGUCUCCUCGAAGUCUUCCCAGGAAAGCGUCCCUUCAUCAUUGGCCGAUCAACCUUCGCCGGCAGCGGCAAGUGGGCUGGACACUGGGGUGGAGACAACAUGUCAAGAUGGGCGUACAUGUUCUUCUCCAUCCCUCAAGCGCUUUCGUUCUCACUCUUCGGUAUUCCCAUGUUCGGCGUUGACACUUGCGGCUUCAAUGGUAACACGGACGCUGAGUUGUGCUCGCGAUGGAUGCAACUCUCUGCCUUCUUCCCCUUCUACCGCAACCACAAUGUGCUCUCUGCUAUUCCGCAAGAGCCGUACCGAUGGGACAGUGUCGCUUCUGCUUCGCGCACGGCAAUGAACAUCCGCUACACUCUUCUGCCAUACAUGUACACCCUCUUCCACCAGGCACAUACCACCGGGUCUACUGUCAUGCGUGCUUUAGCAUGGGAGUUCCCCAACGAGCCUCAACUCGCUGGCGUCGAUACGCAGUUCCUGCUCGGCCCUAACAUCUUGGUCACUCCUGUGCUCGAGCCCCAGGUAGACAGUGUUAAGGGUGUAUUCCCUGGUAUCAUUGAUGGAGAGUCGUGGUACGACUGGUAUUCUGGCGAGCGUGUUCAAGCUCAAGCCGGUGUCAACACAACCAUCCCCGCGCCUCUAGGUCACAUUCCCGUCUUCGUCCGUGGUGGCGCAAUUCUGCCUACCCAAGAGCCUGGCUACACCACGACCGAAUCUCGCAAGAACCCAUGGGGUCUCAUCGUUGCGCUCAGCGAUCGCGGCGAGGCGUGCGGCUCGUUGUACGUCGACGACGGAGAAUCGCUCGAGCCCUCUGACACGCUUGACAUUUCUUUCGCUGCCAUGGAGGGAAAGAUCAAGGCGACAGUCAAGGGCUCGUUCAAGGAUGCGAACACACUCGGCAAUGUCACCGUCUUUGGCGUGUCUAGUGUUGGUCAAGUCAAGCUUAAUGACCUGACCAUUGAUGCGGCCAAGGUGAACUAUGACUCGGCGACCAGGGUGUUGAAGCUGUCAGGUCUGAAUGAUUUGACGAAGGGUGGAGCAUGGCAGGGCGAUUGGACGUUGAGCUGGGCGUAG